AUGGCGCCUCAGUGCGACGACCCUCUGGCUGAGGCCGGCCUUCUGAAGUGCACCAUUCAUCACCCAGUGGGGCCAGAAGCACUGCAUCCUGCAGUCUACGAUACUGAGCUCCUGCUAGAGCGGGAGAAGCAAAAUCUCCUGCGAAUGCAAACUGCGCGCGAUCUCAUGGAACAGAUCAGUGUACAUACACGCCCUCAGGAGAGCUGCUUCUUCCACCGUGUCACCGCGUUGAAUAGAGACGCCAUGUGCCAAGCGCUGCACCUUGAGACGCGUGAGAGGCAAAGGACAAUGCAAGAGCUAGAUGAGCAAAUUAGCCACCACGCGCGCACCAAGCUACGGGAGUACAAACAGCAAAGGGACUACCGCAGGGGCAUCUGCAGCCCACCAGUUUACUCGUGGUCCACCCCGGAGACACACAGGGGCAGGCUGUUGAGUAGACUGCCUAACAUCCCACUCUUUGUCUACGGGACCACAAUAAACUCCACAUCAGACCUUCUAGAAUAG